UACUUGUCACACAAUACUUAAACAAAAAUACGACACUGCCUGUAUUUUACCUUGUGCAAAGCGCCAAUAAUUCAGAACAAACUUAAAUUUUUCGUGUGGAACAAACCUGUUCCGUAGCAAGUUAACAUUAACAGAUCAUCUCCAUCCCUUAAACUUUGGAAAUGGUUAAAUUAACACAGAUACAAGCAAUUUAUCAAAAUCGUGUAAGUUUUACAAAAUUAAUUAAGUUUUACAUUAAUUUUAGAAAGUUAAACAAAACUGCUUAAGUUAUGGUUACAAUUCGUUGAUAUUUUAAAUCAAAGAUGGUUUCCGUAAAUUCAAAACAAAGACCAAUCUUAUUUGUACGUAUUCUGCCUAGCACCAAAUUUGAUUGGGAUUGUUUAAAAAUUGAUGUUGACAGUCAAUGUUUGUACGUACGUCACGUAUACGAAUUUCAUAGUUCACUUAACGUGAAAACAUCACCAAAGUUUCUGUGCUAUAGAACUGACGGGAUUUUUUCAAACUGUUGUCAAAGUGAAGUUUAUGAAUCUGUUGUUAAUCAACUUAUAGACAACAUCUACUUGGGUAUAGACAGCGUGAUAGUAAGCUAUGGCCAGAAUAAUUCAGGUAAGUCAUUUACAAUGACAGGUUUAUAUAACCAAUUUGAAUUAAGAGGAAUUGUUCCUCGGUUCUUAAUUGAUUUAUUCAAAGAGGAACUUAAAAGACGGGAAGAUUUCAAUUCUCAGAUAUUUAUGAGUGCUAUCGACAUCCAGAAGAGUUCUGUUUAUGAUCUUCUUGAACGCCAGAAGAAACUUUCCAAAUUACCAAAAGACGUCAAGUCAGUUAAACUUGAAUCAGACCUUCAAGGGUUGGAAUUUAUGUUCAAAGCUGAAGCUCUGAGAAUGACUAUUAGAGAAAAAACAUACAAUGCACAUUCUGGUACUAACGUGAUAACGUUUACAGUACAAUUAACACCACUAAAUGCCCAUGAAAGUAACAAGAUCGGUAAGGUCCAUUUUGUCGAUCUUGCAGGAGUAGAAACAGUUCAGAGGAACCCGUUAACUUCAUUCAAAGACAAAGACAUUCAGGGUCCUGCCAAUUUAUCUAAAACCCUACUAGAGAUUUUUGCCUUAAGAUCUCAGAAAUGUAAAAACUUAAAAUCUAAUCAGUUUAUGGCAAACCAGAGGCUCAAUGCAUUAACACAAUAUCUAGACAGAUCCUUGUCGCCAGCUUCUUGUAUCAAAUUGAUUUGUCACAUCCGCCCAAACCACGAAGAUCUAAUGAUGACUCUCUCACUUUUGAAGUUUGCUAGAGUUUUCCAGGACAUACCUAAAGUAGUACCUGAAUUACAUACAGAAUUAAGUUUUGAAAAAACAAUAGAGGGUCUUCAGGAUAUUGUAAAGAGCCUCAAAGAUGAAUUAUUAACAAGAGAUAUGUGGGGUGAGCUCUCAUCUAUGAAAAUUACACAAGGAAGACUUGAUUUUGUUAGACGCAGAGUUGAAUUGUAUGUAAAAGGAGAUCUCAACGAAUUUGAACUGCUUUCUUCUGUGAACGAUUGUAGUCUUAUUUUAAAUAUUAUGAAAAAUAUUUUCAGGGAUAAAACCAGAGGUAACGUCUACCCCUCAGCAAACUGAGGAUGACUUUAUAUCUAGAAGGAAAAGUGAUGGUGAUAGAAAGGAGCAAUACCGAAGAGAAUCUGUGUUGAAAAAAUCAAUGACUAGAGAUAAAACUGGAUCAAUUUCUUCUCUAAAAAAAGUUGUAUUCGAAAACCCUAAAGAAACCAACAAAACAGAUGCAGCCAGCAAGGGUAAAAAGACAGAUAAAAAGAAAAAGAUUCCAGAUAAACCAGAGUUGGUAUCUCAAGAAGUUCAAGUUAAUUUGAUUGAGCCACACUCAGAACUACCCCAAGUGGACAGUAGAGAGGCUGUCUGGGCAAUGUUUAUCAUCAGCAGACCAGAUUUACAAAUUCAAAUAGAUCGUUUAAACUCGUUAGUUGUAGAGAAACAAAAUAAAUUGGCAAAAGAAACUCUUAAAGUUGAUGAUAUAAAAAUGACCAUGAACCAAACAAAACUUACACUCCAGCAUCUUUCAGUCACAAGAGCGUUUGUUGAUGAAGGGGUUCAUGAAACCAACGAUUCAACGUUAACUGAUGAAGAAAUAAAAUUAAUAAAAUUAUUAAAAUCACUUCAAAAUGAAUCAGUUGUCCACCAGCAACGAUUAAUUGAAGCACAAACGGAUUGGCUGGAAGCCCUUGAAAAGUUAGACAGUGAGAAACAAAUUAUCGAAGAGACAUUUAGAGAGUUUUGCCAAUCUAAUAAUUAUUUGGCGCUGAAUGAUAAGAUUUCCUUACAAGAAACAAUUGAAGUAAGACAGAGUAAAAGCUCCACGUUGGACUUACCAAACUAUGAAGAACAAAACAAAUACAUUAGUUUUCAACAGAAAUACCUCCACAUGGCUAAGACACAUAACUAAAACUUACAUUAACUGAUUGUUAUGGUUAGAAAUACACAAUUUUGAAAUUAAUCCAGUUUUAA